AUGGCGGGCCCUUCCAUGAAUUCAACUGCUCUUGAUGAGGCUAGUACGCCGGCGUGCCUCCUUAGGCACAAGCGACUGGCUUCCGUUGCCUUUCCGCAGUCCACACGUUCCCCGGGAUCCUCUCAUUCCAUGUUUAGCUCAAGGAGCGGCAGGCGGCGAGGGCCUCAAGUGGGCCUAAGUCAGGACGUCACCUGCGAGGCGGCGGAGGUCGCACUGCCGCAUGCAUCCGACGCGAAUAGUGUUGGUGUGAAUCGUCCUGAUGAAGACUCGGCAACGGCAGGCGCGGAAGCUGCUCCAGAAGCAGGAGCGCGGACAGGGGCAACAACACCAUGGGACUUGGGCGUGACUGAGGGUUUAGAUUUUUGCCGAGAUGGCGAAGCGCUGCUGCAGCAGCUGAAGCAACGGAUCCAUGCAACUGGGCAGCAGCUGGCAGCCGCAGCUGCUGCUGCUAAGGGUGCAUCCGCGAGGGAGAAGGGCGGAGGGGAGGGAGAUGCCUCUGAAAGGGAGGGAGGCGCACAGAUAAAGAUGGCUCAGCAGCUCCUGCUGGACGAAGAAAUCGAUGAAUGCCUAAAGGAAAUAAAGGAGCUACGCCGUCUUCUGAUGGCGGUAAUAUCGACAACGAAAGGGGAUCCUCUUCUUAGCGGUGAAGUAGUGGGCGGGAGUGCACAAAUAUCAGGCGACUUGGCUGACGGGCUCAAGAGCGAAGGGGUGUUUACGACGAUGCGGGUCUUCAGACUUGACCAACUUUCAGGAGAGAUCGCUGAGCCUCCCGCUUCUGCAAUGGCCGGCGUUCUACGGGGAACGAAGCGCGUAGUGGCGGCCCUAGCAGACAGAAUACACAGCAUAGAAAACAGCGCCUCUGUUUGGUUGACUCACGGGGCCGAGGUACUGCCUUACCUUCAACAUCUGCAGCAGUCGCUGGAGGAUCUGCAAAGGCAGGAGCAACAGACUGCACAGAAGACGAACGAAGUAAUGGCACGGGUCGCUCAGAAGAGGCAACAAGAAGAGGUGGUCCGUUUCCGACUGGAGAAAACCCAAGACGAGUUUCGCCUCGCUAGGCUCGACCUUACGCGAGAGGAACUAGAGAAAAUAUCUGGAAAAGAAAGAAUGCAGCUCCUGGAGAGCAGGCAAGAGGCGUUAGAUAGGGAACUCAAGAGUCUUGCCGCGUUCUCUCCGCUAUUCAUUGUGGAACGAGCGGCCAAGUACAUUGCCCUCCAAUACAGACCCGAACAAUCUUCAGUGGAUCACGAGAUAUGCAUCGAGGGCCUAGAUCUGUCUUUUACUAGGGGAGCAACGCGCAUCUCUCCCUUCUUUUCUGUCCACGUACAGCCACCCAAUGACAGAGUGCGUUUGCUGCUGGAGAGUGGCAUUCGCGAGCUGUUGCAGAAGCUCUCGACUAAUCAAGGCGCCUUGCAACGCAGGGGAAGGGGGGCAGAGGAUCUUAACUUUAGGGGAGUGGACGCCGCUGACGACAUCGUCGUGGAGCAUAUCGCCGCUGUUCUUAUCAAGACUCUGAGCUCGUCUUUCAGUACUACGAAUGUCCCGCCGCGUUACUUGCCACUCAAGGAGGUCGUUCAGGCGGUUGAAACUUGA